GUGUGUGUGUGUGUGUGUGUGGUACUAGGCUAGUUGCAUCGAGGUCGGAGGUUGAAGGUCUUCAAAGACGCCUUGGAGAGAGCCAGGGGCGCUCUUUGCUGGCGUGUGUGCUGUUGUGGUUCUCCAGGGACCUCCCCCUUGUUCCUCAUGUGGCGAGGGACCGGUGGUGUGUGUGUGUGCCGGGGUUAUAUGGGACAGCGCCUCCCUGCUGCAGGGCAGGGUCUAGAGGCAGCAGGUGCAGCUGACGCAGAAAGAACACUCUUUCUUUUUUUUUCUUCCUUAUCAGUGAGCGGAUGGUCACAAGAUCAGGGCCUCUGUACUGUACCGUACGCUAAAGUUUUACCACGCACUCUUUGAGUACCUUUCAAGCAUACAGCAUGUGCCCGAAGAGGAGAGCAGCUUAUGGCCACAGAGCCUGCGCUGCAACAGGAACGGCUUGAGGUCCACGGUGGACCCCUGUCAGUCUGUCUCUGGCGUUGAAGCUCCGCCACCUUCACACCCUCUAAUGAUGUGGGGAGGCGUGCAUGGCAUAAAGGUGAAGCAACGCGCAGGCGGUCUGUCCAAGCAAUAAGCUAUGGAAUGCUCCUCGCAGCCAUCGUCACUAGUCUCCACUCAUUGGACUGAGAUCCAGACGCCCAGUUAGCAACUGUGUUUCUCCCCUUCGCCUCUUCGCAAACACAGGGGACAAAAACACAAACGGCCAGCGUCCGAACCGAGCCGAAGCCAAGCGCCUCGGUUCACCACUAAGCAGAGCCUUGACUUAUUUUUAAUUGAGCGUGUGGAGUGACGAAAAAAAAAAAAACGCAGUCAAGAUGGAUAUGGAACCGUACCUGUGGAUGGUCAUCCUCGGCUUCAUCAUAGCCUUCAUCCUGGCGUUCUCCGUGGGCGCCAACGACGUGGCCAACUCGUUCGGCACGGCGGUGGGCUCCGGCGUGGUGACGCUGAAGCAGGCCUGCAUCCUGGCGUCCAUCUUCGAGACGCUGGGCUCCAUGCUGCUGGGGGCCAAGGUGGGCGAGACCAUACGGAAGGGCAUCAUCGACGUGAACCUGUACAACGAGACGGUGCCUGUGCUGAUGGCCGGGGAGGUCAGCGCCAUGGUCGGCUCGGCCGCCUGGCAGCUCAUCGCCUCCUUCCUCAAGCUGCCCAUCUCGGGGACUCACUGCAUUGUCGGCUCCACCAUCGGCUUCUCCAUGGUCGCCAUAGGAGCCAAGGGCGUACAGUGGAUGCAGCUAGUUUACAUUGUGUCCUCUUGGUUCAUCUCUCCCCUCCUCUCUGGGCUGAUGUCCGGACUCCUCUUCCUUCUCAUCCGGCACUUCAUUCUGAGCAAGGUUGACUCCGUCCCCAAUGGCCUACGGGCGCUGCCUCUAUUUUACGCCACUACGAUCGGGAUCAACACCUUCUCCAUCAUGUACACCGGAGCUCCCCUGCUAGGGCUGGAGUUGUUACCGGUCUGGGCCAUAUUUCUCAUCACUCUGGCCGGCUCGGUGGUCUGUGCUGGGGUGGUGUGGUUCUUUGUCUGUCCCUGGAUGAGGAGAAAGAUAGCAGGCCGUCUGAAGAAGGAGCAGGCCCUCUCCCGGAUCUCGGACGAGAGUCUGGAUAAGAUCCCGGAGGAGGAAGAGGAGAGCCCCGUGUUCAAGGAGCUGCCAGGGGCGAUGGGCACGGACGAGGCCGUGGUGCCGCUCACUGCGGGCAGCGAGAGAGGCACCCGCGACUCCUCCGGGGAACUGAACAGCCUGGCCAACGGGGGCACCGUGCUGCCCAACGGCAGGGUGUACGGGCGGACCCACUCCAUGACCAACGGCUGCCUCAAGUCGCCCAUCUCCAACGGCGCCUUCAGCUUCGACAGCGGCCACAUGCGCAGCGACGGCCAGGUGUACCACACGGUGCACAAGGACUCGGGCCUGUACAAGGACCUGCUGCACAAGAUCCACCUGGGCCGCCUGGACGACGGCGGCGACCGCUCGGGCGCCGCGCCCGUUGCCGACAACAACUACCGCCUGCUGCGCCGCAACAACAGCUACACCUGCUACACGGCGGCCAUCUGCGGCAUGCCCGUGCAGCCCACGCCGCGCUCCGAGUCCCGCGAGGACAACGAGAAGCUGGUGGGCGAGGGCGGCAGCAACGGCGGCGGCGGCAGCGGCCGCAGCAACAGCGUCUCGUACUCCAAGAAGCGCGUGCGCUACGACAGCUACUCGUCGUACUGCAACGCGGUGGCGGAGGCGGAGAUCGAGGCGGAGGAGGGCGGCGUGGAGAUGAAGCUGGCCACGGAGCUGGAGGGCGGCCCGGAGGAGGACGGCGCCCCCGGGGCCGUGCCCCUGGACGACCUGGCGGAGGAGGAGCCCGACGAGAAGGACAAGCCCGAGGUGUACCUGCUCUUCCACUUCCUGCAGAUCCUCACCGCCUGCUUCGGUUCCUUCGCGCACGGCGGCAACGACGUCAGUAACGCCAUCGGCCCACUGGUGGCGCUGUGGAUGAUCUACGACCAGGGUGGCGUGAUGCAGGACGCCGCGACCCCCAUAUGGCUGCUCUUCUACGGGGGCAUUGGCAUCUGUGCUGGCCUGUGGGUGUGGGGGCGUCGCGUGAUCCAGACCAUGGGGAAGGACCUAACCCCCAUCACUCCCUCGAGCGGGUUUACUAUUGAGCUGGCUUCUGCGCUCACUGUCGUGUUGGCUUCCAAUAUCGGAAUCCCUGUCAGUACGACGCACUGCAAGGUGGGCUCCGUCGUGGCGGUUGGCUGGAUCCGCUCAAAGAAGGCGGUGGACUGGCGGCUGUUCAGGAACAUCUUCCUGGCCUGGUUCGUCACGGUGCCCGUGGCGGGCCUGUUCAGCGCCGCCGUCAUGGCGCUCUUCGUCUACGGCAUCCUGCCCUACGUCUGAGGGAGGGAGAGGGGGGGGGUUGGAGGAGCCGGGUAGAGCGAGAGAGAGAGGGAGAGGGAGAGGGAGGCCAGGUGGAGCAAGAGGCGCAGGAGAGAACCACAGUGCUGCCGUCUUGGGGGAACAUGGUCGAAAAGAUAAUUACAAAAUAGGACAUGAUGGUUGGCUGCGGUUAACAAAAAAAAAAUGGAGGCAUCCUUGAGGUCGAUGAAUGAAUGCUGUGACGCUAGCGGUUUGGGUGUAGGAAUUAGCCUGAUUGAUGAUGAUGAGGGUUUGAGAAAGGGUUGGUUCACAUGCUGCCUGGCUCAGAAGUCCAGAAAUCUGACUCGUUUUGAGUUUCCAAUUUGAUUUCUUUUGUUUUUUCUAUAUAUAUAUAUAUAUAUAUAUAUAUAUAUAUAUAUAUAUAUUUAUUAUUUUGCGUCAGCACGUGGGUAACCAAUACUUUCACCUGAGCAAUCAAACUGCUGUACAUUAAAAAAUAAGUAGGAGUUUUCCCGAUUUCUGACACACACUGUGGAGACUAUAAGACCUAACACAAGCCGAAUUAUAAGAUGUUACCAAACACACACAGACAGACACACACACACACACACACACACACACACACUAGCUCCUGCAGGCUCAGCUCUGUCUCCACUGCCUGCUUACCUAAACUCAUGCAGUCAGGGUCCAAAAUAAAUCGACUCUUUUAAUACCAGCAACCGUGAAAAGAGGGAGCGAAAGCGAGGGAGGGGGAAAAAAGCGAAACAAAACCUGUAAAUAUUGUAAUAUUGGGAUUAUUUUGAGUGUGAAUCGUUGUACUGCGGCUUGCUUUACGGUGAAAACGCAAUAACCUACUGGCGUUUGGUCAGCCCAUCCCCCAUCUCACCUCGGUGUGCUAGCCAGGAAGCUAUCGCUAUCUGAACCAGUACAGAGAAUGCCCUAGGUCAGAUGAAAACGAAAUUCACAUAUUUUCUACGCAAUACCAGAGCAGUUUUACUUUGCAUCAAAAAAAGUCAUUUUUAACAAGAGCCCCUGUAUGUUUUUGGAAGAUGGAUAUCAUAUUUUUUAAUGAUGUAUUAUACUGUAAUUUGUACUGUAAAUACUGUCUUCACCAGUUCUGGGGAUUAUGUUUAUUUUUUUUCGUUUGUUCUCAUGGGAGGGCCUCCUUAUCAUGUCAUAUACAUGGCUCGUGGCCCUUGGCAGACAAAGAUUAGGUCAAAAGCGCAGACUGACCACAAUUUCAACAUGGUUUACUGGUGAUUUGGAUCACAGCUGUCAUGUCUCGCCAAGAACAUCUGAUCUGAAAGCAACUCUGAAAUUGAAGUUUAAUAGGAUCUGCCUUUCAAUGAAUAAGAGUCAACAAACCGUCUUUUACAGCCAAUCUUGGAGCUCUUCUCUGUUUCAAUUAUUAUAAAGGAGUUUAAUAGUAUUAGGGGAUUAAAACAUAUCUACCUGCUCAUGAAAGGAUUCUGUUGCGGUGAGCCACACAAUGCCAAAGUGUACCGCAAUACCUGUCAAUAUAUAUAUAUCAAAAUGCCAAUCCUCAUGUUGAGUUGAAUAGUUACAACAGUAGCCAAAACACUCACACUACAGGCAGACUAACACACACAAACACACGCAGUGAUGUGCUCUUUAAAAUGACAUCUAUUUGGACCUGUAUCGAUGCCUUUUGUACUCGAGAAACGAGAACACUAAACCGUAAAACGACGGAUGCCAAAAGGUGUCUGGUUGAGACGGCCCUCUCUGAUCUCCUGAACUGUGUUGUGCCCUGAGGUUUCCUCUAGUCCGGACUCGUACUUAACCGCAAAGCCUGAACACGAUGCUCCUCUCAAUGAGAGAGCUUUAGGCCACGUUCUACCAGACGCCUGGAUCAGUUUUCACACAGACACCUAAACAGGGCUGACCCGAAGUCGGGGUUAAAUGCAGAGCCCAAGUUAACAGGUGUAGUCAUCGGUGAUUACGCUAGCGAUACCUGGAUCAUAUGAGAAUAUAGAAGAGGUUGACCUAUUUCCAUGUUAAUCUAACAAACCCUUUGGGUUAGCUUAACCCUGCGCCUGUUUCGAUGUACACGACUAGACGUAGCCCAGGACAACACUAAGGUCCAAGGAGUUACCAUUAAUCGGCACCAGUGUACCCAGAAGUAUGUGACCUGUAGCUGAAGAAAGUCAAAAGCUUUCUUUUGUUCUCGGUUUGUCAUGCUUGUGGUGUGUUUAUUUGUUCUUUUUUUUUUGUUGUCGUUACUUUCCAUCUUGCAGAUGAACAAAUCCAUGCUUGAGUGGCCACUUGCCUUGUAACAUUGUGUUUUACUGUGUGAAAAAACAACAACUGGUAAAUGACUAAGUGCUGUGGUGUUUACAUCGUAACCAUAUCGUAAAGUAUCUAGGGGGAGGGUGGUGGGGGGUUAAAUAAAUAAUUGCCUAAUGAUGCCAAUGAAAGAAAAACGAUUAAACAUUAAUUACCAAGUAAAACAUAAAAUAACCGAAGUGUCUAGAGAAGGAGUGUACAUGUGUAGUGACACCUGCUUUUUCUUUUGGGGUUUCUUACUUUUCUUUGGCUUGUUUUUCUUUUGUUUGUAGUAGUAGUAGUGCUAAUCAUGGUACCAGUCACUUUUGCACUGCUACUAUACCAUGUUAACACGUUUGUGUGGGUGCAAUUCAAAUAAUGAAGAGAAUAGAGAAAAUUUCAUCAAAACUAUAUAUAUUUUUCUACCAUAUCUGAGUUUUAACCUGGGUGAGCUUUCGGAGGACACGCGAUACAGCUCUCUUGCAGACUGUGAAUGUCACCACAACACUAGGAAAACAACCAAACUGUGUGGCAAGAGUGUGGGGCGACCGUGGCAACCGUUGCCUUGGCGGCGGCAGCACUUAACCCAGCGGGCUCUAUUAACCUGUAGACUGUGCUCACGUGUCUGUUGCCAAUAGAUCAGAAUUUUGAAAUGACCAUUUAUAUUUUUUGAACUUUUAGAUGAAAACACUUUGUAAUUUUGUUUCCCUAUACUGCUUUGAUUAUGAGCAGGAAGACUGGGGGCGGUGUCCCUUCCUAGAGUUGGGCAUAAUCAUUAUCUGGGCCUUUUUAUUGUUUUCCACGAUAUAAGAACGCUCAUUACGAGGCCUUGUCACCAGCAUCCGUUUCCCCGCCCAUCAGCAUUGUUUUCCCCCAUCUCUCCGAAGGGCCGACCUCAGUCUUAAAGCUCAUAUCUUUUUUUUUUUUCUUCCUUUUCAAGAGCGAGUGUUAUCCAGUGGGGGAUGCAUUGACUUUGUGGUAGAGAUCCAUUUUUACAUGUUAAACUCAAGAAGUUUCUGUAAGGGUCACAGGGUAGAGGGUCAGUUAUGCAACGGAGGAGCUGAAGGUAUCGAGGUUCCCAUCGCUGUAAAACACAGCCGGCGGACGUCCGGUGAACUAACUCACUCAGAGAAACGUGGGCCCUUGAAGGGAAGCAACCAGCCUACCAAUUUAGUCUCGCUAUGAAACCUGCAUGCUGUUGGGGCCCGUGAUUGAAAACUCAUGAUUGACUCAACUUUGCGAAUUCGAUUAACCAUAGCCUUUGCGAGUUAAAUUCAUGGCAUAUACUGUAACUGUUGCCAUGCAACCUCAUCGACUGCUAGUUCAAGUCUACUAUGCCGCCACCAUCUUAUAUGGUGAAAACUAAAAAAAAAAGUAUUCGAUAUGAAUACUACAAAUAAAUUCUGCAUGGGUUUCCAUGGCAGCGUUGUCGGGGUUAAGUAGUGAUUCAAUUCGGCCCCCCUCCACUCCUAGACUCUCGCCCACUAGACGGGUUUCCUCUAAACGAUACCAGGGUCAGGGUCAUGCAUCCAUCACUGUGCUCCGCAGACGCCCCCUUGGUAACACGCUCUUGUCAUUCUUCCCAUGCAUUCUCAGUGCUGAUAGGCCAAAAUGGAUCGAGUACUGAUAGAGGGACAGCAUCUCAGACCAAUAAUCCAACUCAUAAAGUGUAAAUCAGUAUAUGCGCGGUUAGAUCUGCCGGUAAACGAGUUGGCAUGCUUCUGUUGCACUGUAGCCGUAUGUUUUAGUUCACUGUAUAGGAGUAGAACGCGCCAUCUCUUCCUUGGUUUUAAUUCCCUCUUCCUGAAAGUGCAACAAAAUCAUUUUUCCUUGUGAAGGUGCAACGCCACUUCCAUCUCUUUGAGGUUGUGUCCACUUUAAGCGCUGUAGUGUCUCCAUUACAGCGUGGCCAGAUCACCACAGUGAUCAGUGUAGUGGAGGAGCGUCCAUUUUGACCUUCAUGUAAAAGGUAGCAACACCUAGCAGGGUUGUUGUGUGCUGUCUCUAGCUAGUAUUCUGGUAUGUUUUGUUCUAGAAUGUGCUCCUUGGCUGGUCUGCAGGCUUUACAGCUCCGUGUUGUCUCUUUACUGUUCGCUAUUAAUCUGUCCAGUCCUCAGAUUUAAACAAAAAAAAAGUACAAAAAUAAAAAGUCGAAAAAAUUGCCUGGGCUUCAGCAACAUCUUGAAGCUCGUCUGAUUUGCAUAUAUCGUACUGUAAUGUUUUAUUUAAAUUUUAGUGAUGAAAUGUCUGCAUUUAAACUAAUUAAAUUAUGGGAAUUAAAAUUACAAAGAAUA